AUGGCGUCCUCCGCUUGUGUCUUCGCGUCUCUGUUGAUGCUUAUUGUAGCGGGACAGCCAGGUCUUGCUGGCCACCCGUUACUUGUCUUUCUCAUUGAUGGUUUCCGCUACGACUACAUGGACGACCUAAACUCACUACCUGGCUUUAAAGACCUAGUGUCCAGAGGGGUGAAAGUGGACUACAUGUCGCCGGAUUUCCCGAGUUUGUCUUACCCGAACUAUUACUCCUUAAUGACAGGCCGUCACUGUGAUACUCAUCAAAUGGUUGGAAACUACAUGUGGGAUGAAUCCUCUGGGAAGGAGUUCCUGCUUGGGACCAAUCCUGACAGCAGAUUGCCUCUCUGGUGGAAUGGAUCAGAGCCUUUAUGGGUCACUUUGCAGAAACUUGGGAAAAAAGUGUAUAUGUACUACUGGCCAGGCUGUGAAGUGGAGAUUCUGGGGAUUCGCCCAACCUUCUGUGAAGAGUACGUCUACAAUCCAUCAAUACAAAACCUUACUGAUUCAAUUGAACUCUCUCUCAAUUUACUCAGGUCAGGAAACGCAAACAUGGCAGCAAUAUAUUAUGAAAAAAUAGAUGUAGAAGGACACCACUUUGGUCCAGACUCCUCACAGAUUAAAGCAGCAGUUCAACAACUCGAUACAGCAAUGCAGGUGCUCAACAGCAAAAUCAUAGAGAAGGGCAUGGAGAAUAAAGUCAACAUUGUGCUAUUUUCAGACCAUGGAAUGACAAAAAUUCAAUGGAUGGAAAAGGUAAUAGAAUUGGACAAGUAUAUCGAAAUGCCAGAUGUUGUCAAGAUGAUGGACAAAGGACCAGUAGUCAGUUUGUGGGUCAAAGGAGAGAAGUACCAACAGGUAAAAACAGCUUUGUCAAAAGUCCCAAACAUGCAUGUUUAUGCCAGAGAAGAGAUUCCUGAACGCUUCCAUUAUAAAGGAGGAAAGUUUGUUGCCCCUCUGACACUGGUGGCUGAGCCUGGCUGGUUCAUCGCUGAGAAUAAGGCUAAUCUGCCAUACUGGAAAAAUGACUCGAGUGGGCAAGCCUCGGCAUGGCAAAAUGGCUGGCACGGUUACGACAACGAAUUUCGAGACAUGGGAGGCUUUUUCUUGGCAGCAGGACCUGACUUCAAGCAGAACUUCCGUGCUGCUCCUAUUCGAUCUGUGGAUGUCUAUAAUGUGAUGUGUCGGACACUUGGAGUAGAACCAUUACCAAAUAAUGGUUCCUGGUCUCGUGUUGAGAAGCUCCUCAACUCUUCACCUACUUUCCACUUAGCCACAACCCAGUGGACCUGCUACAUGGCUUUAUUAGGAACACUCUUAGCACUUUGCUAA